AUGAUGAUGCUGAUGCCGAUGCUAUGUGGUGGUGGUGGUGGUAGUGAUGAUGAUGGUGAUGAUAACAACGGUAAUAAUAACGAUGGAAACGGCAAAAGUAUUAACGAUAGUAACAACGAUGAUGAUAACACAGUAGUAGUAGUUGUAGCAGUAAUAAUAGUAGAAGUAAGUAGUAGUAGUAGUAGUAGUAGCACUAGUAAUAGUCGUAGUGAUGGUGAUGAUGAUCAGUGUGAUGGUAGUAGUAAUAGUAAUACUACUAUUAGUAACUGCAUAGAUGUAACGUUGCAAGUUUGUAGCAGUGCUAAAUAA